GUUUAUUCAUGAUUGUCAAAGUAUAAAAAUGCAAAAAAUUUGGUUACUACUAACAAUGGUAGUAAUGAUGACCCCUGGUUGUCUAGCUGAGAACAAACAUCAUCAUCAUAGAUAUCAAUUAGCUACAUCCACAACUUCAACUUUUGUUACUUCUACCAUUGGUUCGACAGUUACUAUGGCACCGGCUAAAAGAGAUGAUAUGCCUGCAUUACCCGAGGCAAGCACUUCGUAUAGUUACAAGAUAGAAGUACCUAAUGGAUCCAAUUAUCCUAAGAAUCCAUAUGUAUUAAUAGAAAGUUUACCAGAAGAUUUAGUUUUCAUAGUGGUGGGGGCCAUCAUUGGGCUUUUAAUUCUUUCCUUUUUCACUUAUAGGGUUAUAAGUUACUUAUUAUCAAAUAAAACUGCCAAAAGUGAUCGAGAAUUAUAUUUCCAUAAUUUUUUCCUCGGUAGUGAUUCAAGCAAUGCCAGCUUUUUGAAUGGAAGUAGUAAUGGAAUGACUAGUUCAGAUUCCUCGAUGUGGGAGAAAAACUCCAGCCACUUCACUUCUAAUUCAAGUCUAUAUUUAUUAAAUAGACAAAGUUCUCUUUUGAAUUUAAAUUCUCCAAGUACUGGUCCAAAUACUUCUCAACAAGGAAGAUCUUAUAGAGGAGCAAUAAAUAACCAAAAUGCAAAUAGUACUCCUGGCAAUCGAGGAUCCAUGUUCAUCAGUCCGAUUCUCGAUAUAAUGGUUAAUUCAAAAUCGAAUUUGGAAUUACCAUUAUAUAAUUCUAAUAAGAGUUUAACUGAUUUGAAUCUGUACUCCAUGAUGAAAUCAGAUAAUCUCCCUCCACCAAGAACUUCAACCAUUCCUAUGAGUCUUGCCCUUGAUAAUGGAACCAAUGAAAGUAUCAAUUGGCAAACCUCGGUUGGUAACGGCUUUGACACUCCUACAAUCGAGCCCGUGGCCGUCAUGAAUAGCACCGACCGUUUAAUAGACUCCCCCCAGACCCAGGAACCACCCAAGAUGAAGAGACCUCCUUCCCAAUUCUUGGAUGACUUGAUCAAUGACAUACAUACAUAGCAUUUAUAGAUUAUAGACUUCGCAUCACUAAUACACUAAUAUCAUUAUCAUAAGUAAUCUGCAUCAUCAAUACACUGAUGUCAUUAUCUUCAUAAGUAAUCGCAUCACUAAUACACUAAUAUCAUUAACUAAGUAAUUUUGCAGCAUUGAGGAUGGGUCACGUGACGCACACUUGAAAAACCUC